UUUCUCAAUACUCCACAAUGGAAAGCCCACACGAGCAUCAGCAGACAGUGCUGCUUUCUCGCAUCAUCUCCAACGUUGAGAAGCUCAAUGAAGCCAUUAUGGUCAUGAACAAAGGACUCCAGGAAGUCAACAUCCAGAACAUGAAUGUCGAGCUUGUGGCGCAGAUGUUUAAGAACUACCAGUCUAAUGUUCUUUUCCACCUCGAAGCCACGGAGAACCUCCAAGAACCAUCCUAAGGAUGAACAAUAUCCUAUUACGAAGAAAUGUGUGGAUGAGCCUGCAAUUAGUCAAUGAUACCAAC